CUCCUAGUGACUUUCGUGGGGUCGAGUAACACGUGCCAGAGGUAACAACACCGGUCCAGAACCGGUGCUCGGCUCCUCCAGUCGUUCGCGAUCGGCCGAUUUAACCCGCGUAAUCGAUUCGUCUCGACCUCGUUUAAUCGGAUCGCGAAAAAAAGUGAGCGUCGCGAGUCGUUCUAGUCGCGGUGGUUGUUCGCGAUACAGUGAUCGGUUCCGAUAAAGGCGUUCAGACCGGUCCUGAUCGUCCCGAUCCUUGCGAUCGCGGCGAUUCGUAUGUGACGGUAUGGACAGGGUGUUCUGUGUCUGUGAACGGGUCUGGAGUACGCGAUGCGGAAGAUACCCUGGACAGCUGGGAGAUCAAAGUAUUAUUGGUUCCGGAGGCUCGAUGAGUCGCGUCGGGUGAUUCGACACUGCGUACCGAUGAUUUUCGAUCGGGGUUUUGAAUACUUUGUGUUUGUCGGUGAAGAGAAGGUUGUUGAGUGAAUACAUUACAGGGAAGAGCCGAGUAGAUAACAAUGUCGAAGAUUAGAGCAUCGAUUGGGAACUUAACUUUAACGUACUUAGGCUGUCUCCGCGGGGUCGUCGCCACAGAUAGCUCCAGAGUCGUGGAAACCAGGAAUCCACUCGUCACGUGUCUUUCGUUAACCUUCUUCGUUCUCUCUUGAAGGUGUUCCGCGACGUUCCUUGGGACUCGAUUCAUCGAACCUCGCGGAUCCGAGAACCGUUUCGCCAGGGUACUCGGUUCGAAAGUUUAACUUCUAGGUUCUGUAAGGAUCUUGUGUUGUGAUUAAGAACUAGGAGAGUGAAUCAAGAUCUGGAUACUUUCGAGGAAUUAACUUGUCCGUGAAGAGUUACGAAGUUGUCGCGGGGAUUCGACAGCCUGUAAUUUAUUGACAUCGAACGGGAAGUCUGUGAAUAUUCCAUGGAGAGGAAGAGGUAUCUCAAUAGAGACCUAACAGAGAUCUGAGUUUAGGGAAAGAGGACCACCAGGUUGGUCGACUCCAAGAAGCCUGUGAAUAUUCCACAAAGACCUAAUUCAACAGAGACCUAUCAGAGAUCUGAGUUUAGCGCAAGAGGACCACCAGAUCGGUGAAAUCCAGCCAGAUUGACCUAACCCAGACCUAACUAACAGAGAUCAGAGUUUAGAGGACGCCCAGGUUGGUCGAAUCCUAUCCGGUUGAUACGAGGAAGACGUCGAGGAACGGGAUCCUCCCGACCGAAGGAUCCAGGCUCGAGCGACCAAUGGUUCUUCGAAGACUCGCCGAACACCAUGCUCGAUCACAUCCUUAUUCCGGUGCCGAGGUGGCUGUUGGCAUAGAAUCGAUCAUAAGGAGCCAAAGGGGGGAGAAGACCCGUGGAAGACGUCCAAGCGAAGUGGCAGCCAGAGGGCCGAGCAAAGAUCCCGAUCUUUCCACCGCGAAAAAGGAUUUCACCCAUAGCGUUUGGCACGCUCGAUUUUUAAUGAACACUCGACCUUCUAGCAGGCGCCGAAUAAAGAGAAGCAGGAAGAAGGUGUUCAAGGAACAAAUGGUUCGUCGGUACAAGUGCUUAUACUGAAGUAGGACUCGAAUUUAACCAGGGGGUGGUUAGUCUCGAGGAUGGGGAUGCUGGACGUGAAAAGGUGACGAGGAACAUUGAACCUAACCGAGACCUAACCCAAUUUUCCAGCGUUAACAGGCGCCGAAUAAAACGAAGCAGAAAGAAGGCGUUCGAGGAGCAAAUGGUUCGUCGAUACAAGUGUUUGUACUGAAGUAGGACUCGAAUUUAAUCAGGGGGUUGGUUAGUCUCGAGGAUGGGGAUGCUGGACGUGGAAAGGUGACGAGGAACAUUGAAGUUCGCGCCUUUGAGAUACGAUGUUAAUAUUAGGCUGUAAACAGUGAGUGUUAUCAAUUUUGGAAGAGGAGUGAAUUAGAAGUAUCACUUAUUUCUAGGGGUGGGAGAUCCUGGAAACUUCCCAAGGGUCCGAGGGAGUGUGUUUAUCGUUUAUGAAAUCGUGUGUUCGCGACAGGUUGAGUGGAAUCUUAAAUUCGGUGUAGACCAGGAACGUGGACAGGAGUAAAAGAAGAGCUUUCGGGAUCGAUACUCCGAGUUCAUCGGGAGGAAUUCACUCAGCUUAACGAUACGGCUGUAAAAAGGAUUUCUUCCAGUCGGGCCGAUAUCUGGUUGCCUUUAAAACCCGGUUGAGGUCGUUUUGCAUAAAACGGAUACGUUGAGGGCUGUCGAAACAUGAGAGGACGCGCAAAGAGAUAGAACAGGACCAAACAGUCGCAUGUUCUCAUAUUUUUGAGAAGGGAAAGGGGAGCGCUACUCUCUCGUGACGUCAACGAAAAGAUAGGUGGUCCAGGUUUAUUUAAAAAAGAGUCCACGAGUAGAGAAGAGAAUUCCACUCUGAAAUUCCUGUUAUAGAUGGGAAAAUGGGAUUGAAGGGAAGUAUCGGUUAACGACUGGUUCUCAUCAGGAAAAAACAGGUGCUGGAGACAGAACCGAGACUCGUAGCAGACUCGUGCCAGACUCGAGGGUGGAAAUAAGGGUUGGGAGACGAGCAGGAAUUAAAGAAGAAGCAGCGACGGAGGAAGAUUGAUUAGGACGUCUGGAGCUGGAUAACGCAAAGAGAUAACGCGGCAAAUGCGAUUCGCCGGGGUUCCUCGGUCCUUCUUUCAUCCCCGUUGGAGGGAUUUUCGUCGCGGCGAUUUGGCUGCGUGGCGCUCUUUAAGAAGGCUUAAGUUCACCACGAAGGAACGAGGAUGUGCACCGGGCGGGGCAUCAGGCGAAUCGGACCCUUUAUCGGGAACACGAAGAAAUGAAGUUAUCAGUGUCGGCUUUUAGAGCACAGGCCAGCGCUCACAAGAAGAUCCUUUCCAACUAUCAGCAUCAGCUGAGUUACGGGGCCACCUAUCAGGCGUCCUCGGCCCGGACCCCCUCUGAUCCCGCGACGUUCCUUACUCGCCUCAAGGUGGAUCGUGCGGAGAACGAGGAGGGCCAGGGAGGGGGUGGUCUGUCGACGUCUUUGGCGGGCUACAGCGGUGCUUCCGGUUCGAGGAUGGGCCCUGGGCCCGAUUCCGGUAGCAGUGCUCCCUCUUCUGUUCCCCACUCGCUGGCGACCUCGAGGGACGACGAGGACGACGAGGACGAGGAAAGCAGCGGCAGACGAUCGAACGGCCACUCAGGAACGCGAACGAAGAGCAACCAGCGUUGGAUGAAGCUACGCACCACCGUCCAGCUGUCAUCCGCGAUAUCAACGAUCCAGAAGAAGCCUCCGCUGAAGCGCGAGGACUCGUUCCUGAAGAGAUUCUCCACCAGACAGAUCCCGGAGAGCCAGGAGACGUUGGACACGGGCGAGGGCGAGGGCGACGCGAACGACGACAAGGAUUCCAGCGGUCGUCGCCGUCGGCGUCCUCGACGACCGCAGAAACCGCCGAAGACGGUAGUGAAUCCCGACGAGAACUUCUACUACUACUGGCUGAUGCUUCUCUCGGGCUGCGUCCUUUACAAUCUCUGGACCCUGAUCGUGAGACAAAGCUUGCCAGAGCUGCAGGCGCUGGCGCCGGCUGGCUGGCUCGCUUGCGACGGUUUCACCGACCUGGUCUUCUUCCUGGACGUGGCCGUUCAAUUUCGCACCGGCUAUCUCGAGCAGGGCCUGAUGGUCUACAACAGCAAGAAGCUCGCCGGUCAUUACCUCAAGUCGAAGUCGUUCAUCCUCGAUUUGCUCGCGUUGCUCCCGCUCGACCUGCUCCAAGUGAACCUAGGCAGCAACCCCAUGCUCAGGUUUCCGCGGUUUCUCAAGAUCUACCGCGUUUACAACUACUACUACAUGGUCGAGUCGCGGACGGUUUACCCGAAUUUGUGGCGCGUGCUGAAUCUCAUACACAUACUGCUGAUCCUGGCCCACUGGUUCGGUUGCUUUUACUACUUGCUCAGCGAGGCGGAGGGAUUCCAAGGGGACUGGGUCUACCCUUACAGACCCGGCGAGUACGCGACGCUUACCAGGAAGUACCUCGGAUCCCUGUACUGGUCAACCCUCACUCUGACGACCAUCGGCGACCUACCCACCCCGGAGACCAACGCCGAAGUCGUAGCGGGCGGCAAUCCCCGGAGCCUUGCUCGUCGUGGCCGACUGUCCCGGCUUCUGCAGUUCAAGCAUAACGGAGGGUACGUCUUCACGAUAGUCAGCUACCUGAUCGGCGUCUUCAUAUUCGCGACGAUCGUCGGACAGGUCGGGAACGUCAUCACCAACCGGAACGCGAACAGGCUGGAGUUCGAGAGGCUGCUGGACGGGGCCAAGACCUACAUGAGACACCACAAAGUGCCGGGAGGGAUGAAAAGAAGGGUUCUGAGGUGGUACGACUACAGCUGGUCGAGGGGACGGAUACAGGGUGGCGGGGACAUUAACACGGCCCUGGGUCUGCUUCCGGACAAGCUGAAGACGGAAUUGGCGCUGCACGUGAAUCUCUCGGUGCUGAAGAAGGUCACCAUCUUCCAGGAGUGUCAACCGGAGUUUCUGCACGAUCUUGUCCUGAAGAUGAAGGCUUACAUAUUCACGCCAGGCGACUCGAUAUGCAGGAAGGGCGAAGUAGCCAGGGAAAUGUUCAUAAUAGCAGACGGAAUUUUAGAAGUAAUCAGCGAAACGGGCCGAGUUUUAACUACCAUGAAGGCCGGGGAUUUCUUCGGGGAAAUUGGAAUACUUAAUCUGGACGGGUUAAAUAAACGCACAGCCGACGUCCGUUCGGUAGGUUACUCUGAGCUAUUCAGCCUCUCGCGAGAAGACGUCCUGGCAGCGAUGAAGGACUACCCUGAAGCGCAGGAGAUCCUCCAGAACCUCGGCAGGAAGCGCCUGAUGGAGGCGCAGAAGGUCGCGAGAGCGUCUCGACAGCCAACAUCCCCUGGUCACGAUUCCUCGGACAACAGCACUGGGAAGAGGAUCGUGGACAAGCUGAAGAGCGACGUGAAAGGUCUGAAGAACGUAUUGAGGAAAAGCAGACGGAACACCAGGCCGGAGGAGAGUCUCGAGUUGCAACCACUGACACCAAAGGCGCCCACACUGAAGAGACAGCAGAAAGUCGACGACAGCCAAGAACCUUCAGCUUCGAACAUCCAGGAACCACCUGUGUCGCCAUUGGGAGCAGGUCUGCCUCUGCUCGCCAGGCUGAGACUGCUCAAGGAGAAGGAGGAGCGCGAGGAACGACGCAACCUGAUGGAAACUCCUGUUCACGUCCCUGAACCCCAACCAACGCUUCCGGACGCUCAGAAUCCGACCAAUCCGAACCUGCCCUUCCUACAGAGAAUACUAUUGUUGAAGGCCAAGAAUGAGCAAGAGGCUCAGGCUGAUAAAGAAGCGCUCACGAAGGAACCUCUGCUUCCCAAGAACGUCAUACCGGAAGAGGUCAAGGAACAGUCGCCAAAACCGACUCUGAAACUGCCACCGAAGCAACCGUCGACUCAGGUGAGCCUCGAUCAACCUACGAAGCCACCAACGACCUCCACGGAGAACAUCAAUGGUACCAACGUGAAGAAACCCUGGGCAAUGCUCAAAGACGCGUCGUUGACGAAUAAAGAGAAUUCACCCCAAAGGAGUCCUCCUAGCAGACGGAUGCAAAUAAGGCAAAGUCUGGUGCACCUCAGACAACAAACGAAGAUGUACGCGUCCGUGGACGAUCUAUCGCCGGAAUACUGCGGUCUGCCGUUCGUCAAGAAGCUCAAGAUACUCAACGAGAGGCAGAAGUUGGCGGAACUCGAGAGGGCCGUGCGAAGUUCGAGCCUCGACUGCGGCGAAAACACCGAGCUCGAGUUCGACGGGAACUUGACGAGAAGUCACUCGGAAGCCAGCGCCAUCGAGUACGCCAGGAAAUUGAAGAAACUGAACCAGAGUCGUCGAUCUUCCUCGUCGCCAAUGGAUCAGCUGUCUCCGGAGAACGAGACUCUGGAAAGGCGGAACUUGAAGAGCAUCCUGAAGAACCUGUCGGCCAGCAGCAGAACGGGUAGUUCCGAGACGUCGACGAGCACUCUGGAUCGCGAGGCUGCCACUGCCGAACUGAGGAAGUUGAUGAGGGCUCCAACUAUAGAAGGUUACGCCGCGCGGCACUCGAAGCUCUCGAAGAGUGUCACGUUUAAUAAGUAUACGCUGCAAAGCCCGCCGUCCGAGCAGAUCCCGGGGAAUUAUCCACUUGGGUCUCAGUUGCCCGACUCCCAAGAGCAGGCCUCACUGCCACCGCCCAAUAAACUCAGUUUCCGUCCUUUGGGCAGCGGAGGUAUCCUGCAAAUGGUAUCUCGGCCACGAGAAGAGGAAUACGUAGGGGAGCUGGUGUCUGGUAUCAGGGAAGUCAUCAAGGGUCGCCUCGAGGACAUCCAGUCGAAAUUCGAGCGGCAAUUCACGUCGCUGGAACUCGAGAUUCGCAAACGAGACGAGAUAAUAUCUCAGCUCCAGACGAGGAUACAGGAGCUGGAGCAACGAGAGUCGCAGAACGCCGACGAGUCUCUGGGGGACAGCACGGAGCACGACGCAUCGUUGGAAGAGGAUUUGGACGACGACCGCGAGGAUCAUCCUUUCAUGAGGGACGGCUCUGUGGACACAGUCCUGACCACUCGUUCGCAUUACAAGCGGUCGUCGCCGUCCAUGGAGUCCGCCUCGCACAACAGGAGGUCCUGGGAGGAGCACUCCGAAGAGGAGACGCUGGAGCUCCAGGAGUUGCCCAGCUCGAUCGUUCCUCAGAGUCUGUGGAAGGGCGACGUGGCGAUCGACCUGGAAUCGAACAGCGACAGCAGCAGAUCGGAGGACGAGCUGGAGGACAGGGCCGGGAGGAGCGACAGCGGGAACGAUGAGGACGACGAAGAGGAGGUGAACCAGGACGGUCACAAUAACUGGGAAGUGGCGAUGCUCGCUCAGGAACUCGAGUCCAGACGGAGGAGCAGCGAAAACUCCAGCCCUGGUUCCUAGCGCAUUAACGAGAUCCUAGACGUGCUGUGUUACCUCACGAACACCUUGCACCCCGAGGGAUGGUGCAACGGGCCGGCUGCCGCCGGUACUGCAGCUUUUUGCGAAAACGAUUGCCCUUACUUGCAGUUAGACUUCGAUAGUUUGACCAGUUGUAGCGAGACUAUGAUGUAAUCUUGUCUUGUCGGGAAGAUUGUUCCUUUUCUAUGACCCCUGAGCGUCGAGUCUCGCUCCGUACUCGAAUCGAUCAUUUUUCCUUGUUCCAAAAUCGAGAUUGCGAAGGUGGAAUCGAAAUAUGUCGUAGCGCGCGUGAAAUUAAGGGAAGCUUAAGUCACCGAUCUUUACAGUUUCAGUUUAUGAAAAAAUGCAUUCAAUUUCGCUGUUUUGUGCGUGCUUUCCCGAAUACAUUUCACCUUGCAAUUUGACCUUCCUUGGUUCUAGAUGGAGAUUACGAGGUGGAAUCGAAAUAUGUUGAAGCACCCGUGAAAUUAGGGGAAGUUUAAGUCAUCGAUCUUCAAAAUUUGUGUUUGGUAAAAAGUACAGGAUGAUCGUAUAAUAAAAGUUUGUUCGAAAUAAUCGAAUCUAAAAAUAUUAUAUACUACUAGCUGUCCCCGACUUCUAGAUAAAUAAAAAAGAAUGGAAAGAGAAAGCACACAUCUCUGAUAUGUUAAAAUAAUCCGAUUAAACGAAUUAUAUUCGAACUGAAGCACUGAAAAUAUUAAAAAUAUUACAAAUCUAUGCUAACUUCUAAUUUUACGUAGACAACAACAUAUUUCGACUUAAUCAGUAUCCCUGAUCUUCAACACAGAAAUCAAUCAAUUCGACAUGAAAUGACCUGACUAUAAUUUACAAUUGAUUCGCCUUCUCUUUCUCUGCAUAUAACAAUCACUUUUUUUCUCAAGAUGUAAUUCUAAUAAUUUUUUACCAUCGAUAAUCACCUCUUUUCAUUCAUCUUUAGGUAACUUCCACAUUUACUUCAUCUGAAAUGAUGUUAAAAUUUUCCAAUUGCUAAAUUCUUCUUGGUUCGAUAAAGGGACUCCAAUGAUUCCAAAAAGUGAAAUUAAACUACGGUAUACUUAUAACGUGUCUAGUGAGUAACCAUAUGAUUUUCUCUUCCCCAAUUCUAAAGUUCAUAGUGAUUUAAACUUAUAUUUAGAUACUCAUAUCUAUUAUAAAGACUUAACUAAAGCUAAUAAAUUACAAAUCCUUUCAAACUACUGUUAUCGAGAAAUGAAGAUGCAAAAUAUUUCUGAAUGUUAACGCGACGUGUAUUAACGAGUGUACAUUCAUCGUGUUUCGUUUUGAAAAUUGAUUGUCCGCCUUCUGCCUUCGAUUCUGUCGAUAACAUUCCAUUUAACAUCCGUAAAGGGCCAGAUGUCAAAGGGUUCAACAGUUCCCCGAAAUUAAUUAAGUAAUACCGAAAAUUUCCAACCUCGCGGCUGUACAGGGUGUCCUGUAAUUCGUGAUAUAAUCGAAAAAAGAGUGAUACGUUAUUAAAAAAUUGAUGGAAAACGUUGAACAAAAUGUUUAGUUCCAAGUUGAUCCAUUGAAAUAUUACAAAGUUUCGUUGGAAUUCCAACCGGACGGGUCAUUCUUUAUUUACGAGUAUUACGAUAAGGUCAGGAAGUGUAAGUUCUGAUAACACUGAUUCAGUCGUCAAUUAUUUACGUUCGAACAGACUUUAAAAUGCUGCAACUGUGAUUCAAUCUAUUUCUUUUAAAUUUUAAACAAUUUGCACUAUUCUUCGUGUAAUCGAAUUUUCCAAAAAAGUUCCACCAAAAUUAAUUCAAUCUGGUUACUUAAGAAUAACUUUAAAAUUAAAUUUUCACUAUUCAAUUUUCAAGAUUCAAUCUUUCCUGGAAUUGAAUAUUUCGAAAUCUGUUUGGGAAGUAUUUUAAUUCCCAUUUCUGUCUUGUUAUUUAAAAGAGAAUUAUCCCUUUUUUUUUGUUUAUAUUGCAAGUUACAAGACAUCCUAUAGAAAUGUUAUUACCUCGUGAGAUAUCGCGUGCAUGGUACAAAUGACGAUUAUUUUAUAUUAAUACUCCUCUGGUUAUCCUUCGAUAGCGCUAAUUGUGAUUGAUAUCGGUCAUUUUCAGGUAAUCCAAUUGUUAUUAAUAUUUUGAAUUUGUUAUGUUCAGUAUACACAACGUAAAAACAAUAGGAGACGAUAUUUAAUUUCCAUAAAGUGAUUUGCUCGUGGAUUUAAUCAAUAUUUUGAGACAGUAUUGCGAAUAAUUAUUACAAUUAAUUGUCCCUGUCCCUUCCUUUCUCACAACUGUUAGAAUUUACUAAUUUCCGAAACAAAUUUCUCCUGUCCAUGCGCAAAUAGUAGAUUACAAUUUCGACUAGAACAAUCGAUUAAGUUUCCCUACCAUUUAAUAUGCACAAUAAGUAGCUACGUACAGUUAUCCUCUUAAUUGCAAAAACAAAUCGAGUAGAGGUAGGCCAAGUUUCUUGAAGUUAAUUAUUAGAGUUAAUUAAAUUUACUUUAUUUACUAUAAGAUUCAAUUGCAUUCAUUCUAAAAUAAAAAGACAUAACUCUAUUUAUUUUCACAUCAAAGUCAACGAUUCUUUUUCAUUUUAAUAAAGGAAUUUUUUCCUCUUGUGUACCUGUACUUACAUACAGUUGUGCAGUUUCAUAAUCAAACUGUGCAAUUUUUAUUUACUCCCGUGGGAUACUUUAUUUAAAUUAUUCAGCCCUUGAAUUGUAAAUAAUCACAGGUGCCUGAGAGGAUAUUAUACUUGGAAUGUUUAGAAUUAAAACGUAAGCACCUAUCUCAAUAUGUAACCAUGUACACCAGACGAACAUUAACCGGUAAAUUUAAGCUCUCAUUCCGCGCUAGAUUUCCAUCGAAAAUUUAUUCGAUCGCGAUAUAAUUAUUUCCUAAUUUAUUCGACACGGUAAUUACGAAUUAUUUGUCACUCCCUUUCAUAGCGUUUCAUUUAUAACUCGAUACAAACUUUCAUUUGCAGACCAACACGUACUUCUAUAAAUUCAAAUAAUUAUGGAUAUGUUCUUACAAAAAUGUAUAUCCACACACAUAUACGAAUACUUACACACACACACGUACACAGAUAAUUCCAAGAAAUGUACAUACAUAUAAACGAACGAUUUUAAUUUCGCGAUAUCGAAACGUUACUUAAGAAUUCUGCAAAUUUUCCGUAGAUCUAAAAUUUGCGCAAUUUUUAAUUCCCCUCAAGAUCCUCCUCCUCCUCCUCCUCCUCCUCCCCCCCUCUCGAACCCCUCCCACGGUCAUUUACAUUUCUGAAAAGCUGCACCACAAUCGAACAGAGGAUACAUAUUCGGCGCCACGAAGUAACGAGUAAAAUAAUUUCGAGGAAAGUGGUGUAUUAUAUAUACACACACACACACACAAACAUACAACACGCAUAUAAUUUAAUUGAAACGACAAACCUUAAUGGGAAUAUGUGACGUAUACUGACCAGACCAAGCUCAAUAAUUCUAGAGUCUUUACAAGGUGAAUAAAUCUGUUAAGUGACAAAUGACUAUUACGUAAGAGAAGAAAUUCUAUUAAGAUCUUGUACAUACUAGCCUAUAAUUUAUUUAUCUAUGAACGCGAGGAACCGUGCGAAUGGUUAUUUAGAAAGCGGCGAUAAUUAUAGGAGAGGUGUGACUUACGAUGUUGUUAGAGUGUGUGAGUGUGCGUGAGAGAGUGAGAGCAAGAGACGAAAUGAGAAGAAGCGUGAAGAAUAAGAGAGUACGAGUGAAAGAUAAUGAAAGUAAGAAAUUGGGGGAGAAUAAUGGAUUCGCAGGGGUUUCGAUCGACUAUACGGUGAAAAGCAUCUUAGAUGCUGAUAUGUACCUACUACGCGAAUGAAAAGAGUAUAUAAUAAAGUAAACAAUGUUUUCAAG